CAGAACGUACAUCAUUGGCACUCAUUUCGCAUGGCUCUUUGAUAAGAGGCAAUCUGUGAUGUUCAAAAUAUAAGCUAUAGAUAUGAAGGCAAAGAAGCCAGUACUUCUCCGACUGCCGAUUGAAUUUCAACAAACAGCGCAAUAUUUACGGAUUAUCGAAAAUGUCUCGAACAUUGCCGGCUACCUAUGUGAAGGGAUUCCACGACGAGGAGAAGGUGCGCCGGAUGGAAUAUCGUAGUCUCGGAAAGACCGGGCUGCAAGUCUCGAAAGUCUCUUUCGGAGGCGGCGCCCUGUGCGCGAACUACGGCUUUGAUUUGGAGGAGGGUAUCGAAACGGUGCACGAGGCCCUGAAAUCGGGCAUCAACUACAUUGACACUGCUCCGUGGUACGGUCAGGGUCGCUCCGAGGAGGUCCUUGGACACGCACUGAAGAAUGUGCCGCGGGAAUCCUACUAUAUCGCCACGAAAGUGGCUCGCUAUGAACUGGACUACGAGAACAUGUUCGACUUCAGUGCCAAGAAGACGCGCGAGAGCGUGGAGAAGAGUCUGAAACUCCUGGGCCUGGACUACGUUGAUGUCAUCCAGAUUCACGACAUCGAGUUCGCCAAGGAUCUGGACAUUGUGAUCAACGAGACACUGCCCACAUUGGAGCAGCUGGUCAAGGAGGGCAAGGCCAGGUUCAUUGGCGUGUCCGCUUACCCGAUUUCGGUGCUCAAGGAGUUCCUGACCCGUGCAGCUGGACGGCUGGAUACGGUCCUCACCUAUGCCAGAUACACUCUCACUGAUGAAACGCUCCUGGAGUACCUGGAUUUCUUCAAGUCCCAGAACCUGGGUGUCAUCUGUGCCGCGGCUCAUGCCCUCGGACUGCUGACCAACGGCGGACCACAGCCAUGGCAUCCGGCCAGUGAUGAGCAGAAGGCCAUUGCCCGGAGGGCAUCGGAGGUGUGCAAGGAACGCGGCGUGGAGCUGGGAAAGCUGGCCAUGUACUACACGAUGAGCGGUCUGCCCGAGGUGUCCACCUUCCUCACGGGCAUGCAGACGCGCCAGCUGCUGCGCAUCAACCUGGAUGCCUGCGAAGUGGGCCUCAGCGAUAAGGAGCAGGAAGUGCUGCGGUACCUGCAAGCAAAUGUUUUGACCAAGCCUUUCCACUGGGAGGGCAAUGAACUGGAGGUAUAUUGGGCAGCACUGAAGAAGAAAUAAUGCAAUAUGAUCUUGAAAUCGGAAUGAUAAAUAUGUGUUUUUACGAGAAA